AAUUUUUACAGUGACUGUAGAAUAAAGUUAGAGCAGAAAAAGCCUGUAAUAACUCUAACAAUAACUCUCCUCUGAUUGGACGAUCACACUUCCCUCUCAUUCUGACCAAUCAGUGAGCAGCUGUGUUCCUAUAUAAGACUGCGGUUUGUCACGUUGACGUUAUUCUCAUUUCUGCUCCCAUUAAGAAGCGUUUAUUCUGAAACAUGUCUGGACGUGGAAAGACCGGCGGCAAAGCCAGAGCCAAGGCAAAGACCCGCUCCUCCCGGGCAGGACUUCAGUUCCCGGUGGGUCGUGUCCACAGACUGCUGAGGAAGGGCCACUAUGCGGAGCGUGUGGGUGCCGGCGCUCCCGUCUAUCUGGCGGCUGUGCUGGAGUACCUGACCGCUGAGAUCCUGGAGCUGGCUGGAAACGCCGCCAGAGACAACAAGAAAACUCGCAUCAUUCCCCGUCACUUGCAGCUGGCUGUCCGCAACGACGAGGAGCUCAACAAGCUGCUGGGCGGAGUGACCAUCGCUCAGGGCGGCGUGUUGCCCAACAUCCAGGCUGUGCUGCUGCCCAAGAAGACCGAGAAGCCCGCUAAGUCCAAGUAAAGCAGGAGACCUGCUGAUCAACACAAAGGCUCUUUUCAGAGCCAAACACUGUCUUCUGGUAAAAGGCAAACGUUCUCAUACGUCUCAAACACUUCAACAGUUGGUGCAACAUCCAGACCGUCAUCUUAUAUUACACAGUUGUUGCACCAAUUAAGUUACUUUAGAAUGUAAUGGUUUUGUAGGACACAAACCACCCUGCCCGUGUACAACAGUGUUGUUCACAGUGUGAUAUAGCACACAAAACAACCACAAUAAAAAGAAACACCAAUGAACACUACAUGAAUCUAGCAAAUGCCAUAUUCGAGACUAAAUCUGUAGUUAUUGGAACAUGUUGGUUUCGGUCAUAAAAGUUUGUCUGUUUGGCUCCGCCCAGUGAAAAAUGCCACAGGCUGUCCUCUCUUACGUCCGCAGUUCUUCCCAAAACAAUUCCGAAUCAGAACAAUUAAGUUUGGACUAAUUGUUUAAUAGUGAGGCAAAUAUCAUUUUCUUUUAAAUUCAAAUUAUAUUAGUACGUGUUUACAAUUUGAUGGUGCUGUUGAAAACA